AUUAAUUGUUAAAUGUCAUUUUAUCUCUUACAUUACAGGUCACGAUGUUGAUAAAAGUGCAAUUUGAAGGCAAGAAGAAGUAUAUUAAACUGGAAGAAGUCUCUUUCUUGGAUUUUCACAGUGCAGUCCAGCAGAAGUUUCUUAUAGCAGAGGAUACAACAUUGAAAGUCACAGAUGACCAUGGCAUAGAAGUGGAUGAGGAUGUAUUUCCAGAACUUGCGACAAACAAAGAAAUGUGUUUUAUCAUCCACACUGAUGAUGAACUUCCAUUUGCUGAAACAUCAAAGGGCUCUACAGACUUCUCAGACCUGACAGAGUUUGGUGCCUCUUCCAAUCAGACAGAAUAUGUUACUGUCACUACUUGUGAUCUGACUGUUCUGCAGCAAGGGGUUGUUGAAGUACCCUCCUCCCCAAGUUUGACCGAUACGUUGUCUGUGUCAAGCAGUUUAAGCAGCAGUGAUUCUGGAUCUCAAAUAAUUCAACCUUUAUUGGACAGUGUCCAUGCAAGAAGUAAUAUCAAGCAAAUUCUAUCUUCAAAGCCUGCUGGGCUGACUGUGAUUAAAGAGUAUGAAGAGACUGGGAGCUUAAAAGAUUCUACAAGACGGUUAAUGGUGAACAUAAUUGUAGCUCACAUGCGUGAAAAGGAAGGAAGAGCUGUUAGUAAAGGAGCAAAAGAGUUUCAUGCCUUUGGUAUUGUGUCACUGUUCCCAACCUUAAAAGACCCAUACUCUAAGAAAGGAUAUGAACAUUUCUAUGACAUUCAGAGUAACACUGGCUUUCUUGAGUGGCGCAUGAAGACUGUGCAGCGUAAAUCCAGAACCUCCUCUACCUCACAGAGCAGAGUGGAGCUAAAAGGAGGUCCCACAUUAUUAAGAACAGUUGGAGCUCUAGAUGACCAGCGAAUGGGAGAUGAAUGCAUGGAAGCUAUGUCACUCCUCCAUCACACAACUGAUCAUGACACAGUGUUCAAGAAAAUGAAAGAAACUUUCCACUACCGUCAACAGAUUCUCCAUGACCCUCAGCGCUCAGCUGAUGUACUACAAAUGUUCCCGCGUUUCUUGGAUGUCAAAGGACUGAUUUCGCAUGACUUCUCAUUGUUGUUUGGAGCAGAGGUUGCUUCAAGAUUCUUGGAAAAAUGGAGCACCAGUUUUAAAGAAAAAGUCAUCCAGGAGGCCAGGAACCUUAAAGAGACUGCUCUACUAAAACGACAUUUGAAAGCUGCUCUGAAGGAGGAUUCUGACACAACUGAUGAUCCAGAAUGGGACAGCGACAUGGCUUCUCUAUUCAUCCUGCUGCAUCUACUUACUCCACAACCAGCUGGAAGAAAGCGGCCCAAGAAGAUCAGUGUUGAAGAGGCAACAACUCAUCUGGUCAAAUUUUAUAAGUCAUGCCAAAGCCUAGAUGAUCAUCUCCUGACCACUGAAGGAAACCCUCAGCCGUAUCUUCUUGCCUCAGGGACAUCAAAAGCACAGGUUUCCACCUUCUACAUUGUCAUGGACAGAAAAAUUCUGCCUUGUCAAUCAUGCACAUCCUUGGGUGCAUUUGACGAGUUGUUCAAAUCUCAUUUUGUUUUCGGUGUGAAAUAUGAUGAUGCUCUGUCCAGCCUGUACACAUUUGUGCAGACAACUGUGUACAAUAUCGAUAUAGGCUCAACUGAGGAAACUCCAAAAGUCAAAGAGCUAAGAGCAAGGCUUCUGAACAAGCACUAAUUUUAUUUUUUUUGACCAAAAUGUCAAAAUGUAUGAACAUCAUAAACUCUUUAAGGAACUGUACCCAUCAAACAACUUGCUUCCAAAACACCAUUUUAUGGUGCAUUACCCAAGGUGUAUUAGAAAGGUCGGGCCACUCAUUCAAAUCUGGACCAUGAGAUUUGAGGCAAAACACAAAUUUUUUAAAGAUUCUGUGAAGAACUUCAAAAAUUUGACUGUUUUGCUUGCAAAUAAACACCAGUUUGCAGUAGCAUAUCAUUGGGAAUGCUUGUCUUUAAAGACAGUUGAAUCUGGUCCAGUCAAAAUUAGUUCACUUGAAACACUUUAAUUUUCAGAAGAUGUAAGUGCCUCUCUUCAAGUUGAUUCACAAGCCACUGUCAAUCUUACAAAGUGGAUAAGAUGUAAUGGUGUUGAGUAUCGUGUUGGACUCUUUGUUUGCACAGGUACAAAUGAAAACAUGCCAGUUUUCAGUAAAAUAACCUCAAUCAUUUUACAUAAUGGUGAAGUGUUUUUUUUUUUGAUUGAGCAUGAAACAUGUUUCCAUGAUCACUUCCAUGCUUUUCAAGUUAGUGAAAACCUUCCAAGAAAGGUACUUGUUGUAGAAAGGGAAAGAUUAAGACAUUUCAAAUCUUUUGAUUCCCAAAUGUCAUAUGUUUGUGAUUCACAAUUUUAUGUUUUGUCAGAGAGUUGUAUUAUAUGAUUUGUUAUUGAAAUUUGUUCACUGUGAAGUUCUUGUUACUUCAUCUGAUGUAUAUGUGUCUACCUCAGGUUACACAAUCCUAUUAGUAUUUUGUUUUUAUAUAAUUCUGCAAACUUGAUUUUAUAAAAUGCAGUGAUGUGCUGACAGGGUUUUAUACAUGUUUACUUUCUAGUUUUUACUCUGUUAACCAUAAAUAUAUUGCUGUUAGAUUGUAUUUUCUAAUGGUAAUUAAUUUCAAAGUUUGU